AUGGCUGAGAAUCUCACUUGUGGAGAAACCAGCGAUUCAUGGAUCACUGACAACGACGAUGAAACCACCAUCCCUGGCGGCGGGUUUACGAACGAUAAUCACCAACUUUUUAGUAAAGACGAUAACUUUAACGGCGACGGAUCAAUUCCGAUGAUGGGUUCUCCGUCGUCGCCGAGAGAGGAGAGAAUCAGAGAGAUGUUGGAGCGAGAGGUUGAGUUUUCGCCAGGAGAUGAGUAUCUCAAGAGGCUGCGUUCUGGGGAUUGGGAGUUGCGUCUUAGAAACCAAGCUCUGGAUUGGAUUUUAAAGGCUUGUGCUCAUUACAAUUUCGGAACGCUGUGCAUAUGUCUUUCCAUGAACUACUUGGAUCGGUUCUUAGCAUCCUAUGACUUGCCAAAGGACAAGACUUGGGCUGUUCAGUUGCUAGCUGUCUCUUGCUUAUCAUUAGCAGCCAAAAUGGAAGAGUCAGAUGUGCCUCAAACUGUUGAAUUACAGGUGGGAGAUCCCAAGUUUGUUUUUGAGGCCAAAACGAUUAAAAGGAUGGAACUUUUGGUACUCAACACUUUGAAUUGGAGACUGCAAGCUCUAACUCCCUUCUCCUUCAUUGAUUAUUUCAUUUACAAGACCAACGGUCACGUGUCAGAGAAUUUGAUCUAUAGAUCGUCGCAGUUCAUCUUGAACACCACUAAAGCAAUUGAAUUCUUGGACUUCAGGCCUUCUGAGGUAGCUGCAGCAGCUGCAAUGUCUGCUUCCAUUUCAGGAGAAAUAAAGUGCAUUGAUGACGAUAAGACGUUGUCUAAUCUCACAUAUGUCAAACAGGAGAGGGUGAUGGGAUGCUUGAGUCUGAUGAGGAGCCUCACAGGGGACCAAUUGCCCGGAGCUGUUAAAUUAUCGCCGCAGCAACCGAGGUUAACGGCUAGGGUGGUGCCAGUGAGUCCAAUUGGAGUGUUGGAAGCAACAUGUUUGAGCUAUAAGAGUGAUGAGAGAACAUUCGAGUCAUGUACCAAUUCCUCACAGAGUAGUCCAGACACCAACAACAACAAUAGCAACAAGAGGAGGAGAAAACAAUGAAAGAGGAAUAAAGUUUAUACAAUUGAUUUUCAACACCAAACCAUAAGGGUCAUGACAUUUGAGGUUCUUUUCAUUUUUGGUUUAUUCCUUUUUUCACAUAAAUUACUUUUAUUUCUCUCUUUAAUUUCUCAUCUUCAAUCAGAAAAUUGGAUUGGAAAUAAGAGUUUUGUGUGAGAGAGAGAGGAAAAAUAAAGAGGGAUCUGUAAGGUGGCAGUCAAUAAGUCAUUAUUGAGGAUGAUGAGGUUCAUGUUCUUGCUCCAAGGGAUUUUUUUCUGCUA